AUGAGCAAGAUCAAGGACAGGAUGAUUGAGCCCGGUGGGUCGUUUGAUGACCACGGGGAAGCCAUGUUCGAAGAUUCCAGGCUUAGCUGUCGGAUGCAAGGUUCCAGGAAAGUUGAAAAGCCCCGACAAAGUUAUGGCGUUAAUCGGAUACGAGGGGAAAAUGUGCACAAAUAUGAAGGUGCUCAGAAAAACCAGCAACGUUGA